CACGAGGGCGACGAUGAGCUCACUGUUUUCUACAGUCAUUGGUUUCUCCAGCCAAGCAACCAGCGGUGGCAUCAACACUAGCAGACGGUCCAGUGAGUCGCUGGGCUCGUCUACGUUCCUCGGAGAUGGCGUCCCUUCUGCAGCCAGAUAGAGUUGUCUAUCUGGUUCGUGGGGAGAAAAAAAUUAGAGCCCCCCUGUCUCAGCUUUAUUUCUGUCGCUACUGCAGUGAGCUACGAUCUCUGGAAUGCGUGUCUCACGAGGUGGACUCCCACUAUUGUCCCAGCUGUUUGGAAAACAUGCCGUCUGCAGAGGCUAAGCUUAAAAAGAACAGGUGUGCAAACUGUUUUGACUGCCCGUGCUGCAUGCACACACUAUCUACUCGGGCCACCAACAUCCCAGCUCCUCUGCCUGAUGAUCCUACCAAGACAGCCAUGAAGAAAGCGUACUAUUUGGCCUGCGGCUUCUGUCGCUGGACCUCAAGAGAUGUGGGCAUGGCUGACAAAUCAGUUGCCAGUGGUGGAUGGCAGGAGCCGGAGAACCCUCAUACUCAGCGGAUCAACAAACUGAUUGAGUAUUACCAGCAGCUGGCCCACCGAGAGAAGCAGGAGAGGGACAGGAAGAAGAUGGCCAGGAGACGACAGUGCAUGCCCCUGGCGUUCUCGCAACACACUAUUCAUGUGGUGGAAAAAUAUGGCCUUGGAACCAGACUGCAGAGGCAGAGGCCUGGAGCUCCACUAUCAAGCCUGGCUGGCCUUUCCCUCAAAGAGGGUGAAGACCAGAAGGAGAUCACCAUUGAACCAGCCCAGGCACUUGAUGAGGUGGAGCCCCUGCCUGAGGAUUGUUACACCAGACCCAUCAAUUUACCUGAAGUGACCACGCUGCGACAGCGGCUUCUGCAGCCAGACUUCCAGCCUGCAGGGGCGUCUCAGCUCCACCCAAGACACAAACACCUCCUGAUGAAGCGCUCGCUGCGCUGCAGGAAAUGCGAGCACAACUUGAGCAAGCCAGAGUUUAAUCCUACUUCAAUCAAGUUUAAAAUUCAGCUGGUGGCUGUGAGUUAUAUCCCAGAAGUGAGAAUUAUGUCCAUUCCAAAUCUCCGGAAUGGGAAGGAGAGCCAGGUGCUGCUGACCCUGACCAACCCAGUGGAGAACAUCACCCGUGUCUCACUGACCUCUUGUGAGGAAAAUGACCCUGAUGAGAUUAAUAGCACUGCAAAGGUUUUAGUGCCCAGUAAGGAACUACUCUUAGCAGGAAAGGAUGCUGCUGCUGAGUAUGAUGAACUAGCCGAACCUCAGGACUUCCAGGACGACCCAGAUGUUGUUGCCUUCAGGAAAUCCAACAAGAUUGGUUUCUUUAUCAAAGUGAUCCCUCAGAAAGAAGAGGAUACGGAUGUCACGGUUUCUUUUAAGAUCCGACAUGACUUCCGCAACCUCGCCGGUCCCAUCCGGCCGAGCGAGGAGGGAGCCGACACUGCCACUGAAGCCAUCUGGCUCACUCACCACGUGGAGCUGAGGCUGGGACCCCUCGCUUCCUGAACCCAAGUACUGCGUUCACCAGUGUUAGGCUCUUCGAACUAAUACCAUCAAACUGGGAUUAAUUUAAUUUAAAACUGAUUUCUGAUUCAGCUCAUUGAAGCUUAAGGAUAAUUUGGCACCUUUAAGGCUUUCAGAUGCUGUUGUUAUGCUUUGGCUUAAGUCACAUCAGCAGAUCCCUGUGCUGCACAGUUUAUAAAACUAUAUGAAACCAUGACUUGUUGCACACUUAACUGAUAACUAUAGAUUCUUGGUCCGGUUUAUUGUUGCCUAAUGUACCAAAAACCUCCUCUUUCUCAUCUUAAACACUUUAUAGUUCAUCAGUAAGAGGCAGUUUAGCAUGUGGUUACAUAGAGGGGACAGAUCCUUAUUAUAUGCAUAUCGUUUCUGACUAAAAUGAAGCUUUAAUUUGAUUAAAUAUAUAUGCCAUAUUUGUUGCUCCCAGCCUUUCUCUCCACACCCUUGACGAACGUUUUGUCUCAGCUGUGUUGUGCUGUGGGUAUUUUGUGAGUUUUUUGUCUCUGCUGUUUAUAGAUUAUAGAAGUUUAAGUUCGAAGUCGAGGGAGUGGGAUUAUAAAAAGAUGAGCAGAAUCAGAAAUCAGAAUAGAGAACAAUCUGUGUGAAUCCCAGCCAUGAAUCUCUCUCACACACACACACACGCCUCUGCGCUUUUAGCUUGUGUAUCCUUCAGACAGCAGUAGGAGAAUAACAUGCAUGCUUCACAUAUAUAAUAAAAAACCAUACAUGCUACACAGUAUCAUCACAAUUAUUGAUUCCGUAGUAUGUUUAAAAAGGAUCUCCUUUGGAUAGAUAUGAUCGUUUUAUUAUUGUCUGAAGUUGCACAGUAACCUAAUGGCACUGUGAGGAGGAUUCAUGAGAAACUGUACAAAUGACAUGAAGUACAAAGUGCCCGUCAUUUCUGUGUAUUGAAACACUAUUUUUGUCUGAUUUGAAAACUUGCUUUUGGUUCAUAGACCUCACUGACCUCAAUGUCAGUGCGUAUUGUUAGCUGCUGCCAGUUUUCUUUUUGGUCUUGGUUAAAAAAAACAAAAAAAAAACUGUCCUUACAUCACAGUUAAUCAUCUGUGUUGGCUAAUAAAUAAUGCUGUCAAAGA